CUCCCUGCAGCGCCCACCUCUGGGUUUUGCGAAUCUCGUCGAUCUGACUCGCACUUUGUUCCUGUCGCUUCAUACCCUCCCUUCCAUCUCACUACGCUCACUCGGCCACCAUCUUGAGCGUGAUCUCAUUCCCUAACUCGAAAGAACUGAACUAAACCGCGAAUGAGCCCAGUCUUCGGUUGAGUUUACAGAAACGAUGCAAUACAAUCUAGGACAAGGCUCUAACCAAUCUUCUUCCCAUCAUCUUCGGAUGGGAGUAAACCCAAACCAGCUUCUUAAAUACAAAGAAAGCGCAUCGAGCAAGAAAGCACAGCGAGGCAGGACGAGAGACCUGCAGAAGAAACUUGAUAGUCUGGUUCCAAACUUUGAUGAAGUUGAGUUGAAAAUUGGUAUGUUCAAGGCUGGUCGUACCUGGUUGCAACUUCUCCAAGACGCAAAGCGACAUGUUCUAGCGCUCUCAACUACGCCGGAGGGCAGCGAUCAAGCUGCAUCAUCUUCGAGCACAACGAUCCCUAAAACGAUCAAGUUACCUGAAACGGUUCUCACCCAGAAUGACAUAUACAAUGGCCUUCUAUCAAGCAAGUCGCAUUUUCUUCUGGUGGUUUCGGAUCUUGAAGAUGGUAAGCUUAGAACAAAAUCAGCCAGCGAACCUGUGCACCAAGUGACGCAAGUCAAGAAUUGUGAUCUUGCGAUUGAAAAUCAAUAUUUCCAUCAUUUUCUCAAUUCAACCGACGUCACGGUGUUUUUGAAUGGAAUUGCUACUCUCAAAGACAGCGACCACGUGGAAAUAUGCUGCCGAAUGCUUGUCGCUAGCGGUAUUGGUUUGCGCAGCGCAAAGAAACGACUAAGGAUAUACCUCGACAGAGCUGCGAAUCAAGUUUUUGUGCAUGUUGAAGAUUUCCUGGCGCAACCAGAAUGGCCUGUUAAGAUGUGGAAUGGAGAUCAUUUGAGGGAAGUCUCCGGGGUACUCAUGUUCGAUCCUAUCUCGUCGAGUUGCUCCUUGCAGACCAGCUUUCAAAUGAUGCAGAAGACUUUUGGGGCGGUUUCAGCUGUCUUGACCGCCUCAAUCUCAAAAAUGAUGGAGACUAGCGAGGCCAAGAUGGCGCUGGAAAGUGUUCUUACAAGAUUCAAAUGCGUGAAAGAGUUUCUUCUCCAGCGAAUGCUCCAGAUUCAUGUCUCUCAUGAAGCAGAUCAAGACAACAUCGUUUACUCGGUGGUGCACGUGAAGCUGAAGCUUCCCAAAUAUUUGGAUGUCUUUGAGACAGAGUGGCACGAAGCUUUCAGAAUUAAGCUGGAUGGAACCCCGUACCCUCAUCCUUGCUGCCCGGGCUUGUAUGCCUCCUACCUCGUUCAUUACGAUGCUCCUCCAACAGAGCUGCACAUUACCGAAAGAUACCUCCAAUUCGACGAGGAGAAGAAAUCCUUUACUAUUGUGCACAAUCAGACUGCGAUCUUCACCAAGGAUCAAUGUCACUAUGCUGGACUUUUGCUGAAUGACCGCAACGAAUUGCAAAUGACUCAUCAGAUCUGGCAAAGAGUGGGAGACUAUGAAGAGCAACUCAUGGAUUUGACGCGCUCUUGUAGUUGA